GGCUGGAGGGGGGCCGGUUCGGUGACGCGGCGGAGGAAGCUGGCGCGGCUGGAUUCGGCUUGGCCUUCAGCCGGGCUGCUUUGAGGUUUUUGCAACAUGAAUCCUUUACUUCUCCUGACUGCCCUUUGCUUGGGAAUAAGCUCAGCUUCUCCAAAAUUUGAUCAGACUUUAGAUGCACAAUGGUCCCAGUGGAAGUCAACUCAUAGGAGACUCUAUGGCAUGAGUGAAGAAGGAUGGAGAAGAGCAGUGUGGGAGAAAAAUAUGAAAAUGAUUGAACUGCACAAUCGGGAAUACAGCCUAGGGAAUCAUGGCUUCACAAUGGCCAUGAAUUCCUUUGGUGACAUGACCAAUGAAGAAUUCAAGCAGGUGAUGAAUGGCUUUCAAAAGAAGAAACAAAAGAAGAUGGGGAAAAUGUUCCAAUCACCUUUCUUGCUUGAAGUCCCCAAAUCUGUGGACUGGAGAAAGAAAGGCUAUGUAACUCCUGUAAAGAAUCAGGGCCAGUGUGGUUCUUGUUGGGCUUUUAGUGCAACUGGUUCCCUUGAAGGACAGAUGUUCCAGAAAACUGGAAAACUUGUUUCAUUGAGUGAACAGAAUCUGGUGGACUGUUCACGGUCGCAAGGCAAUGAAGGCUGCAAUGGUGGUCUAAUGGAUUAUGCCUUCCAGUAUAUUAAGGAAAAUGGAGGGCUGGACUCAGAAGACUCCUAUCCAUAUCUUGCAAAGGACUCAGAUACUUGUAAAUACAAACCUGAGUUUUCUGCUGCCAAUGACACUGGCUACGUGGAUAUCCCAAAUCGGGAGAAGACCCUUAUGAAGGCAGUGGCUACUGUGGGGCCUAUCUCUGUUGCUAUUGAUGCAAGCCAUUCGUCCUUCCAGUUCUAUAAAUCAGGUAUUUAUUAUGAACCAAGUUGCAGCAGCGAAGACCUGGAUCAUGGUGUUCUGGUGGUUGGCUAUGGCGUUGAAGGAACAGAUUCAAAUAACAAUAAAUUUUGGAUUGUCAAGAACAGUUGGGGUACAGAAUGGGGUGAUAAUGGCUAUGUAAAAAUGACCAAAGAUAAAAACAACCACUGUGGAAUCGCUUCAGCAGCCAGCUAUCCCACUGUGUGAGCUGAUGGAUGGUGAUAAUAGAGGAAUUGAGCCCAGCAUAUCUGGAAGAAUUUUCUUAAAACUGACCCAGCCCUUACUGUAUAAGAUAAAACACUUGAAUCAUUGAGGAUCCAAGUUGUGAUUUGAAUUCUGUGACAUUUUUGUAAGGGUAAAAUGUUUUCACUACUUUAAUCACUGUUAAAAAUAGCUUUAUAAUGUUGAAUACUGAUCGUUUCAUUCUGAGACUUUUGAAUUUUCAUUUUUAAAAGGAUGUAUAAAACUUUACCUCUAAAAUAAAUUUUAAUUCUGUAUGUAGAGGUGGAAUGUC